AUGACAAGCAAUUUGGCGUUGCUGGAGCAUGACCGCUGGGCCCAGGCUGAGUGCAGACUGAAGGAGGCAGAGGCUGUGCCUGCGGGGUGCGAGGCAGGCCCUGUAGAGCCAGCGCCAGGACAUGGGGACGUGGGCAGGAACAGGAGCAGCUCGCGGGUCCUGCCUAACCGUGGCAGUGACAGUGCAGCCCAGCCCCGUGGCCAUGCCAUCCAGCGGGGAGCCAGCAAGCCAAGGCGGGCACAGACCCCCAGCAGGAUGGCCCAUGGGAGAGAUGGGCGGGGCUUGGGGACCAUGAGGGUACCAGGCAGGACCCCUUCUCUGGCUUCUGCAGCCCUGUCUCUGCCACACUACAGGGAACAAGAGCACCCACCUCUCUUGGUCUCAGCUGAGGGCUGCAGCUGGCCACUCGGUGGCGGGCCUGGUGUGGCCCCCACCCCCUCCCCAUGUCGCCCACCUGCUCUGAGCAGCUCUGUCCUCUUCACCCACAGGCUGCACAGCCCCUGGGUGCCCUCGUGCCUCGGGCAGCCCCGAGUCCUGCAGGGCCGCCUGGCCAGGUCCUCACCCUCGCUGUGGGACAGUGCGCUGCAGGAGCAGAAGGGCGAGCUGCGCAAGCGGCUGUCCUACACCACACACAAGCUGGAGAAGCUGGAGACCGAGUUCGACUCCACACGCCACUACCUGGAGAUUGAGCUGCGGCGCGCGCAGGAGGAGCUGGAGAAGGUCACAGAGAAGCUGCGCCGGAUUCAGACCAACUACAUGGCGCUGCAGAGGAUCAACCAGGAGCUGGAGGACAAGCUGUACCGCAUGGGUCAGCACUACGAGGAAGAGAAGCGUGCGCUGAGCCACGAGAUCGUCGCCCUCAACAGCCACCUGCUGGAGGCCAAGGUGACCAUUGACAAGCUGUCAGAGGACAACCUGCCCUCGGACUUCCAGGAGCGCAUGAGCCUGCACCUGGAGAAGCACGGCCGCAGCCUGCCAUCCCCGCUCUGCCGCCCGGCCUAUGCCGACAGCGUCCCCACCUGCGUCAUCGCCAAGGUGCUGGAGAAGCCCGACCCCGCCAGCCUGUCCUCCCACUUGUCUGACGCCUCGGCCCGCGACCUGGCCUUCCGCGACAGCGUGGAUGCUUCGGGCCCGGGGUCCCCCUACAAGGAGGACCUCUGCUGCGGCGACUCGGCCCUCUACCACCCCGAGGAGCCAGAGCUCGACCAGCGGCCCGGCAUGGACGCACCCGUGGCCGACGUGGGCUUCCUGCAGGCCCAGAAUUCCACCGACAGCACGGCCGAGGAGGAGGAGGAGGCCGAGGCGGCAGCCUUCCCCGCCAGCUUCCGCCAUGACGCCUUCCCCGGCUACGCGGGCUCACUGCCCACAUCCAGCUCCUACUCCAGCUUCAGCGCCACGUCCGAGGAGAAGGAGCACGCGCAGGCCAGCACGCUCACCGCCUCGCAGCAGGCCAUCUACCUGAGCAGCCGUGACGAGCUCUUCAGCCGAAAGCUGCCCACCUAUGAGAGCAGCCCCCACUUCGCCAAGGCCGCAGCUGCGGUCGCCUCCCCACUCGAGGCCGAGGUGGCCCAGGGGUUCUCCCGGACAAUGUCUCCGUACCCGGCCGAGUCCUACCGUUUCCCAGCCUCCCCAGGCCCUCAGCAGGCACUGAUGCCCCCGAACCUGUGGAGCCUGCGUGCCAAGCCGGGGUCCGCCCGGCUCUCCAGGGACGACAUGCGGGGCCACUGGCGGCCUCUGAGCGUCGAGGACAUCGGUGCCUACUCCUACCCGGCCGCCACCAUGGGCCGCGGCCCACCCCGCAGCUUCUCCGAACGCUACUACGGUGGCAGCAUGGGAAGCCCAGGCCGGAAGCCUGAAGGCCGCGCCAGCCCCCUCUAUGCCAGCUACAAAGCUGACAGCUUCUCUGAGGGGGACGACCUCUCCCAGGGCCACCUGGGGGAGCCCUGCUUUCUCCGGGCGGGUGGCGGUGGUGGCCUGAGCCUCAGCCCCAGCCGCUCAGCCGACCCCGUGCCCGAC